GUUGAUUUUGAUUUGUCGCAAAUUUUCUAUUAUUUUCCUUAUGUGAUCAUUCUAGUCAGUAGAUAGUCGAAUUAUUUAAAAUUUAAAUGGUUCGAUUUUCGAUUAAUUCCAUUAAUUGAUGUUCGGAAUAUCAUUGAUUUUUGGUAUUUCGCUUUUAAAUUUUUUUAUAUUUUCAUUUGAACAUAAAUCAAAUUGAAGUUAUAUUUUAAUUAAUUAUAUAAACAUGGUGAACGUUGUUAAUCAUCACGUUCCUGUUGGUCCAGGUAGUACUGAAAACGUAUUACCACCUCAUUAUCUACAUGAGCUUCCUAAUGAAGAUGAAAUCCGUUUGGCUAAAUUAUUUGAAUCUCUUGAUUUAGACCGAAAUGGUAAAAUUGACAUACAUGAUUUGUCUAGUGCCCUACACGACAAAGAGUAUGCUCAAGUAAGUUAAUGAAAUAUUUAUAAGUACAAUUUAACAAUAGAAAAUUGCAUUUAUUAUUAAUUUGUUCUAUUAUUUUGUAGAAAUUUUUAGAAUUAUCUGAUGCUACUAAAAGUGGCUCAAUUACAUUAGCUGAAUUUAUACAUUAUGUUAAAGAACAUGAAAAAUCAUUGAGGCUUUGUUUUUCAAACAUAGACAAAAAUAAAGAUGGUAAGUACUUAGUUUUUGUAACAGUACAGUACCGCUUUGCUUACUAUGCAGUAAGAUAGGACAGUUUUUAAUUUAAAUAAGUCAGGAUUAUCAGAAUUUAUCAAAGAUUUAAUUUACAGCUCACAUUACAGUAUUGGAUAUUAUUUUACAUAAUAUUUUGAACUUGUAAAUUGUUUUUUUUUUAUUUUAAAAUUCAAAAAGACAAGUAGAAAAUAUGGUGAAAUGUUUAAAUAAUUAAAUACAAUUUACAUUUGAAACAUAAUUAAAUAAUAAAAAUAAAUUUCUUAAAUCUAUUGAUCUAUUAAUGGUUAUAAUCAAUAGUGCAUUUUAUUAUAUUAUAGUAUAUACAUGAAUCUACUCUAAUGAUUGUAUAUUUCUACCCACUUUCAAUAAAUAACCCAUAUUCUCAAAAAUAUGGUGAUAUAUAUUUAUGUGACAUUUUUUCUCUUUGAUAUUUAUAAUAAUAUACAUAUUUCGUAUUAGCUAUAUAUGUAUUUAUAAAAAAAAAUUAUUAAAAAAUUGGUCUUAUCUCCAUUCCUACUACUAUAAAUUCCACCAUAGAUUGUAGUAUGAUAGAUCAAAUAAAUUUGCAAAAAUAAUAAUAGAUAUGUUGGUUAGAUUAAUAUAUUAAUAUUAAAGUUGCUUCCACAAGAUUAUUAAUAAUUUUGUAAAACAAAUUACAUUUGCAGUUAAAAACUAAAUAAAAAUGUCUUGUACUUUUUAUAAUAUUUGGGUUUAUAAACUUAGAUGUAAUCAAUUUUAUAUUGGUAAAAUUAAUAGAAACUAAAUACUCAAUUAAAAAAGCUUAUCUCUGAAAAAAUUAUAGUUUUCCUAAUUUAAAUUUUGCUAAUGUUUUAGAGAAUAAUUAAAGCAUUGAUUUUGUUACAUAAAUAACUAAUUAGAGAUAUUGAAUAUCCAAGACAACGUUUAUAUUAUAAGAGUUGUAUAUUUAUAAUUAAAUUAAGACAUACUAGUACAACCAAUUAUUAUACUCUAAACUAAAUUUCUUUAUUAUAUUCAUUUUGUAAAUUCUCUAGUGAUGGGUACAUUUGAAUAGUUUAGAUGAACUAUUGAAUAUUUAAUAGUUUUUAUUUUGUUAUUUUCCCCACUUGUUAUUGAAAUAUUUGUAUUUACAAUUAAACAAUUUUAAUAAACGCUACAGUCAGUAUGUACUAGGUACAGAAUAUACCACUAUAACCACUAUAACUACCACUAGCUAGUACCACUACCUACUUUUGAUUCUUCAUAAGAAUAUUUUUCGAAUAAAGGUUAAUUUUUAAAUGAACUAAAUUUCAUACAAAUUAUCAAAUAGGUAAACUAUUCGAAUAGUUUGAUAGUAACCAUCACCGAUAUUUUCUUAUAUUUAUUUUAUUUAUAGUAGAUAUCAAAAAAUAGUGAUAAAUUAUUUAUUGAACAAUUAUCUGUAUUUAGAUUACUUAGGUAUUUGUCCUUAACAUUCACCUAUAUUAUUAAAUGGACAUAUGUACAUUAUAAACAUUCUUUAUGAACAAGGUUGUUUUGAAUUAAAUGCAAUUGCAUGUGGUUUCUUACUACAUCUUAUAGGAAAAUAAUAUUGGUCAAAACUAGUAUUGUGUUAUUUAUAAAUCAAAUACAACAUUUUAUUUUGUACAUUUAACGGAUUUGGUAUAAAUGCAUGAUUUGAUGAAGUCUUUAUGUUUAUACUUUUACAUUCUAAAUAUAGCGAAUAAUGGGUGUGUAAUAUGGUUUUAUUUUUGUCAGUGAACAACUUUUCUAUCAGAAAUUUUAAUUCAAUAAAAAAAUAACCAGAAAUCUUUUUUGUUACAUUUUAGAUUUAAUUAGUGAAUUGAAGAGGUAUAUUUUUAUUAAUUUUCAUAAUAAUUGGGAAGACCGGAAAAAAAAAUAUAGGAAAAAUAGACACACAUUUAUGGUGCACUGAUGCCUUACUGAUCUUGUUGUUUUAAAUUUGAACUAAUUGUUUUCUACCGAAAAUUUUGCUUCAAUUAAAAUCAAUGCAAUAUUUUUUUUGUUGCAUUUUGGAUUUAGCUAAUGAGUACAAAAGCCAUUUUUUGAUUUUCCCAGGAGUUUUCCUAAUAAAUGGAAAAUACGGAAAAAUAUAAGUCACAGCAUUUCAUUUCAUUUUAUUUUUUUAUUUUAUUUAUAUUAAAAACAGGACUAACCCAAUUAUAAAGACUUAUCAUAAAUAACAAAAUUAAACUACAUAGUAUUACAAAAACAAUAAUAUAUAGUACAGACAUGAUAGUUAAGUUGAUGAUACAAAAUCUCAAUAACUGAAGAUAUAAAUAUACAUAAAGAAUAUAGAAUCUAGAAUAAAAAAGAUGGAUCCUUGUUGGCCAAUUUCAUCAUUCUCAAAAGAGAACGGUUAGACAUGUAACUGGUAGAAAAAAAUAGAAUAGAGAAAGGAUAUACAGAGUGGAAGUUAAAAAAAGGGAUAGAAAAGUUAACAGCCUGCAGAAAUCCAGGCACAUCAAGAUUUCCAUUAAUAAGUUUACCUAAGAAAGUUAAAUUUGCUUGCUUCCUUUUAUCAACUAGUGUCAGCAAAUUGAUUGUAUUGGUCACAAAUGUAUAAGGUCCAUACUACUACACCAUACUUCAAGAGAGAACAAACAAAUACACAAUAAAGGGCAUCAAUGGAGCAAGAAUGUUUAAAUUAAACAGAUAUUCUCUUAAUAAACUUAAGCAUGUUAAGAGCUUUACAAGUCACUCUUUCAAUAUAUGAAUGGUUGCAUAGACGAUGAUCAAAUGUGAUACCCAAGUCAAUCGUAGAAUCGCCAGAGAUUUGCAAAUUUUUACCAUUCACAGAAUACAGGAAAUCUACAGAUUUAUAACAUUGAGUAAAUGUCAUUACGUGGCUCUUUGAAAUAUUAAGUUCCAAUUCAACAUCACUGGCUCAACCGACUAUAGAAUCAAGAUGUUGAAGAAGAUUAUAGUUCUGAAUGGAGUAAAUUUGGAGAAACAAUUUAUAUCAUCGGCAAACAACAAGAAACGACAAUGAUGAAGUAUUUUUUCAAUAUUAUUUAUACAUAAAGCAAACAACAAAGGACACAAGUGUCCAUCCCCCCCUGUGGCACACCAGAAGUUAUAUUAACUAAGUUAGAACAAGAACCAUUGAUUUUAACAAAUUGUUUCCUGUUGGAGAGAUAUGAAGAAAAUCAAGACAGUAAAGACUUACCAAAACCAGAAGAAAUUAGAAUUUUCAACAAAUAAUUAUGAUUUACAUAAUAAAAUGCCUUAGUAAAAUCAGUGAAGAUAAGAUCUACUUGAAAAAGUUUACUAAAAGCAUCCAUGACAUACUUUGUGAAAGUGACAUUACACGUCAUAGUUAAACGACCCUGGAAGAAUCCAUGCUGCUCAUCUGUUAAAAUAUUAUCAACUGAUCUUAGAACAGUGCUAUACUCAAAAGACUUUAUUUUGGCCAUUAUUUAUGUGAACAAAACAUUUUUGACUUUAUACAAAUAUUUGAAAAGACCUAUAUGCCCCCCCCCAUAUAGUUCUUUAAAUUACAAUUACCCCUAAUUGUAGUUUAUUCUUUUGCCAUAUAUUAAUACAAUUUCCAAUUUAUAUUUAUCAAAACAUAUUAAACCAAUUUUCGCUCAGAAUAAUUUUUCAUUUGCAAUAAUAUUGUAUGUAAUUUUAUAUUGUAAUAAUAGUGUACAGUUAUAAAUAAAUCACUUUAUAUAUUCUAUUUUAACUCUCCACCAACAACCACCCAACCCUUAGUGCAAAGUAAUUCUUCAUUUAUCUUGAUAAUUUUGAAUGAGUUAACAUUAUAUUUCCAUUAUAUAAGGGAAUUAGAAAAAGCUGUCCUAAGAUAAUGUUGAUGGGUACAGUCACUGUUAUAGGUAAUUUAAUGCAUAUAUGUAAAUAAUCAUUAACCAUUGCUAAACAAAAAAGCUAUUAUGAACAGAGUUUAGUUGAAAGUGUUGCUUUGUCAACAAUAUACAUGUCAUUUUAUGGUAAAAUAAUUACAUAUUUUCUCCAAAAAAAGUCUUAAGAAAAUUAAAAAAAUGACUUGCCUAAAGUACCACUCCAGUUAGGUUUUCUUUCAAAAAAAUUGCUACGAGUGCUAAAAGGGCUUACUAUAAUGUUGCUUGUAAAUCGGAGCAAGAUUUCUGGUAGUAAAGUUUUCACAGAUAAAAAAAUAAACAUCAUUGUCAAACCAAUCCAUUUCUCGUCCCGUUCAGAAUCUAAAAUGUACAAUAUAUGUUCAGUGUUAUUAAAAUAGAUUUUACAUUGUGAUACGGGUUUGAUAUGUUUUACAAAAUAUAAUAACAAUAAGCUUUUGUAAAAUGAAUUUACUGCUGAAUAAAUUUAAUUUGUUAUUUAUACAAAUAUAAUUAAAUUUUAAAGGAUUCUAUCAUCCAAAAAAGCUUUCAUAAAUAUAAAAAUUAAAAAACUGUUAAAUCCUGGUUAUUAUUCAGUCUAAAAUAGCCUAUGCAUAUUUAUAUGGUUUUAUACAUUUCAAAGAUGUGUUGUGAAAAAAACUUCUAUAGACAGUUUAAAUUAAAUUAAUGUAUUUUAAUUUCCUACCUAGUUAAAUUUGUAUUAAAUAAAAAAUUACUGGUUCUUGACAAUUCAUGUUAUUUUAAUAUUAUUGGUUGUUUGUCUGUAUAAUUAUGACACUUAAAUAACAAGUAGGUAUCUAAGUAUGUAAUCUGGCCAUACAAAUUUUUAUUCUACUUCUUCCUCUUCUGGGCUUUUACAGGCCUUUAAGGCCCAUCGCCGCAACAACAUAUUAUUUCCAUCCCUCUCUAUCAUUUGCACAUUCUUCCGCGUUUCUUACGUUCAGAAGUCCUAAGUCUUCCCGAACUCUAUCAAUCCAUCUUUGUCUGGGGCGUCCUCGAGGCCUUGUAGUGUCGGGUUUUCAUUUAGUUAUUGUUCCAAUCAUUCCCUCUGACCUCCACACAUGUCCCCCCAACUUAUUCUUGUGUUCUUCAAGGACCCAAUAAUGGUAGAUUCCUUAUAGAGACCAUUCAAUUCUCCGUUGUCUCUCACCUCAUACUCUCCAUCGUUAUUAAUCUUUGGACCGAAGAUUUUCCGUAAUAUAUUUCUUUUAAACACUCUUAACUUUCCUUGAUUCGAUUUUUUCGUGGCCCAUGUACUACACUCAUACAGAGCAACCGGUUUGAUUGUGACUUUUAGACUUUUAUUUUAGACUUUAUUGAUAGUAAUCUUGAUUUGAAUAGUGCCAUUAGACUAUAGUAGCAUCUAUUUGCUGCCAUAAGUCGUUUUUUAACUUCUUCGUGGUUAUUAGCAUUUUCAUUGAUCUCUGCGCCUAGGUACCUGAAGCUCUGUACCCUUUCAAAUUUGUAAUCAUCAACUUUUAAAUAAUUAAUAUUAUGAUUUCGUCUCGAAAGUAUCAUAUAUUUUGUUUUUGACUCAUUUAUCUUCAGACCAAUCUCUUUACCUUCACUUAGUAGGAUGUUAGUUAUAUUUCUCAGUUCGUUUUCUGUUUCGGCUAUAAGGACUUGUCAGCGUAAGCUACUACGGUUAAAUCGUUAUUGUUGUUCAUUUUUAUUCCUUUGGCUUGGAUUAGUACCUUUUGUAUAACUGAUUCUAAUGUGAUAUUAAACAAAGCCUACUAUAGAGCAUCUCCCUGCUUGAGUCCGGUCGUUACUGGGAACUCAUCUGAUACCUCUCGUCCAAAACUUACUUAACUUUUGGACUCAUAUGUACAUGCCCUUAUCAUUCUGAAUAGUUUUGCUGGUAUUCCCAUUUGGCUUAUGAUAUUCAAUAGUUUUUUUCUAUUAAUCGAAUCGUAUGCUGCUUUGUAAUCUAUGAACAUAAGGUGUAUAUUUUUAUUGAACUCGUGACUCUUUUCAGCUAAUAGUUUAAUGAUAUGAAUUUGAUCAUCUGUUGAUCUCCCUAACAUGAAUCCAGCUUGAUGUUCUACUAUUAUUUUUUUAAUAUAUGGAUUGAUUUUGAUCAGAAGAAUAUUAGACAGAAUCUUAUAAAUUGUGUUGAGUAGAGAGAUCCCUCUAUAUUUUCACACUCCAUGAUAUCUCCUUUUUUAAAAACAGGACAUAGGACAGAUACUCGCCACGAUUCGGGUAUUUCCUCUUGUUCCCAGAUUGUGUUUAUUAAUUUAUGAAGCUGGUUCAGUAAGCAUGAACCACUCUUUUUUAAACAUUCCGAUGCUAUUUCAUCUUCACCUGGUGCUUUACCAUUCUUAAGCAUAUUUAAUCCCGUUUCUACUUCACUUAUUGAUGGGUUUUUGAGUAGCUGUUCUACUGUCAUUAGCUCGUUUACAGUGAUAUUAAUUAUUGGCUGGUUCAAAAGCUUUGUAAACAUAUCUUUGAAUUCGCAUGCAAUUUUUUUAUUGCCUGUUAGAAGGGUUCCAUCCCUUUUUCUCAUAACCGUUGGUCUGGACUUGUAGCCAUAUCUUACUUUAUUUGCUUUUCCAAAAAAUAUUUUCGAAUGGCUAUUUCUAUUAUUUUCUAUAGUUUGUAUGCGUUCUUUUCCCUACAGUCUCUUAUUCACUCUAAUCACCUUUUUAACCUCUAUUUGUUUAAGUGCUAACAAUCUUUUGUUAUCUUCAUUGGGGUCAUGUAGCACUUUCAUGCGGGCUCUAUCUUUUUCAUGUAAAGCUUUUUUACAUUCUUCAUUGAACCACAUUUUCCUUGUUUUUCCUGGUUACAAAUGUUUAUUAUAAAAUUUAAUUAGGCAAAGCUUGUAACUGGCCUAAAACUCCAUUAUGUAAUUAACCUGAGAAAAUUACAACACCCUUUCCAUCAACCAAAGGUCUGAAAAUCGUGUCAUUCCAGGAAUGCAGGUUGCAGGUGUUUACAGGAGCACAAACCAGUAUUGUAUUUAUCGUUAUACUAUAACUAAACUAUUUAGUGUAGAAUAAUUUGAGCCUAAAAUUGACCAAUAUAUAAUGUGUGAUAAAACAUUUUUCCCCUUACCAUUUUUCUUAAUUUUCAUCAUGUUUUAGCCAUCAUAUACGGAAGUUUAGAAAUUGACUUUAGUGACUAUAGUGAGUUUUUAUGUGUAUAUGCAAUUUUUUAAUUAGUUUAAUGCAAUAUAUUUCCCUAGAGCUGAUUUCUAAAAUUAAACAGACAAUGCAUUGGAAAAUGAAUAGUUCACUUUAUCUACUUUGAAUGUAAGGAUAUGGGUUUUCAUUUUCUAUGCUCAUGAACGUAAUUAUUGUUCCUGUUUUUUAUUCUCUUAAAAAAAAUAUUGACUAUAAAUUUUAAUAAAGAUUUAUACUACUUAUAUAUAAAGGGUCUUGAUAUUUGUUUUUAAUUUGUAUUUAGUUUUUAGAUUCCUUAGCAAAUCAAACAAGCAAUUAUGAUUUUAUCUGUUUUUGGUAUAGUAAUAAUACUCAACAAUUUGUUUAUUUUCACAAAUUGUUAAGUAGUUUUUUUAAAUGUUUAUUUCAGGUACUAAAAGUCUAGUAAAAACUGAAAAAUUAUUAAAAAUAAUUAUUUAAGUAUUAUAUAGGUAUAUAAAAUUUGGUAAUCUUCUUAAAUUGUAUUAUUAAAGUGAUGAAAAUCUUUUAAAAAAAAGUUUUGUUUAAAGUUGUGCAUCAUAUAAGCGUUUUUAUACAAAACUACGACUCAAAUUCUUAGAUAUUUAACUCAUUGUAGACUAAUAUUUUUAUAUAAAUAUUGCGUAUUGGAGAUGUAUAGGAACAUAAAGGAAUAAACUGUACUAUUAUUUCAUUACAUAUUAUAUUUUAUAUAUUUUGAUUAUUUAUAAAACCACUUUAUACAAAUUGUUUAGGAAAAAUAGAUCGAUACGAGCUUAUAAGAGCUUUUCAAGAAUUAGGAAUUGAAAUCGAUGACGCUGAAGCCAUAAAACUUCUUAAAAGGUAAAUAACUCGAUAACAAAUAGAAUAAAAUACUUGUUUUUUAAUGAAGUUAGUCAAUUUAUAAAUCGUUUUUAUUAUUAUACUGCAGAAUGGAUAAAGAUGGUAGUUUAGAAAUUAGUUUUGAAGAAUGGAGAGAUUUUUUACUUUAUUGUCCUUUUACCGACCUACACGACUUAAUUAAAUAUUGGAGGCAUUCAACUGUAAGUAUGAAAUUUUGAUAUAAUAUAUUUUUAGUUAGUAACCUGGUUAGUAGUUCCCGUUAUAUAAACACAGAAUUAUUGAAUUUAUGUGUAACUAAGAAUCAAGAUAUUUAAAUUAUAGUAAAAAAAUUAACAAAUGUAUAUACUUAAUAACGUUGGGAAUGUUAUAUAGUUAGAUAAUUAUAAGUGAGUAUCACGUGUGUGACUGCCCCCGCCAAUUGACAUUCAGCAACGUUCUGUUUUAGACCUGUGCAAAGAAUUAUUUUAGUAGACUGGCUAUGUGAUGUAGUGAAUUUAUUUGCGUUAUUAUAAUCAUAAUUUUUUUUACUAUUAUUAUUAAUAAUAAAUAAUGGUUACAUAUUUGGAAGUAUUAAAAUACUCACUUGACCAAGAUGAAUUUAGAGAUGUAUGUAAUUUUGAUUACGAAGAGAAUUGUAUAUUGUGCUGUGACAUUUAUAAAUCGUAUUUAGAACUUUAUAAAGAAAUAGUUUCUAAUGAAGUAAGUAGUCAUUAUACAAAUAUAUUUCUAGCUAAUGAAGUAAAUAGAUAUUUUAAUUGAAAUGUAUAUUUAUUAUACAUUUCAUAGACACAGAAUAACAGAAAAUUAAAUUUCAAAAAAUAAUAAAAUAAUGUGUUCAUAAUAAUUAUUUUUUAUACUGUAAAAAUUAGUAAAUUAAGUUUGUAAAUAAAACAAUUUAUUAAUAUUUGAAAUUUGGAUUUCAAUUAUAGGAAACAGUGAUUUUUAAUAAUUUAAAUAAUUAUUUAGACUUUGAUCUAUUUAAAUAUAAGUUUUGAUUAGAAACACUUCCUUAUUUAUUAUAUUGUUUUGAUGUUAUCAGCUGUAGUAGAUGCAUUUAUAAACUGAAUAAAUAUAUGUGUUUAAUUUAAAAACACUUUCUAUGAAAUACAUUCUAGAUCUAAUAAUCAAUUGCCACACAUAUAUAUUUUAUUGUUGUAAACAGUUUAAAACAUUUUAAUUUGUUUUGUUAUUGCCUUUUAGCUAUAUUAUACAAUACUUUAUUGCUAAUGCAUUAUAUUUAAUAGGUGAUUUGUAAAAAAAAAAAAUAAAAAUGUAAACUAAAACUGAUUAAUUUGAAAUUUAAACAAUAUUUUUUUAUAUAUUGCUAAUAAUAUGUAUUGUGCACUUGGCAGGUAUCUGUAGGUUGAGUUCCCAUAACUCAAGGUCAAUCUUUAUUGUUUGACACUAUUAAUAAAAUAUUAUUUACAAAUACAUUUAACCAGCUAUUUAACCAGCUAAUUGUUUUGAACAAAUUCCAAAUUGGUAACAUUCUUACUGGAUUUUUGUUUAAAAAAAACUUAGUUAUUAUUUAUUCGAAAACAAUUAAUAAAAUAAAAUAUUAAUAAGGCUAUAUUAUCAAAACAAUAAGCAUAACAAUAGCAAUAAUAACAACAAUGUAUAUAAAUAUAUGUAAUUUUUUACUAAAAUAGUGAACCAAUUUAUUUCCUUUUGGAUGUUGAGAUUUUGUAUUCAUUCAAUAACUUCCGGGGAGGCAUUGAACAUAUCUUCAGGUUCGCCAACUUCGGCCAAAUCCUAAAAAAACUGAGUCUUCCCUUUUUCACCCCAACAUCAAAUCAGCUAAUCAAAGCCUAAACAUUACUUUCUACGGAAAUAGUGUUUAACAUAAUCCCUUCCCUAAAUACCUUGGAGUUACACUAGAUAGAACCUUCACAUGUAAGACAUAUUUAACCAAUUAAGCAGCGAAAAUUUAUUCCCGCAAUAACAUAGUACUUAAGCUCUUGGGUGCUGAUUUUAAUUCACUUAGAACCUCUGCUGUAAGUCUAGUGCACUCAGUCGCCGAAUACUGCUUACCGAUAUGGCUGAAUAGCGCACACAAAAAAAAUUAAUGUUCAACUCAAUCGCUGAAUGCUAAUCAUUACUGGCACAAUAAAGUCCACUCACCUCUAAUGGCUACCUGUACUAAACUACAUAGCUCUCCAUACCUUCAAUGUAGAAAUAUGUUAUAAAAGGAAUGAAUAAAAUGCUACUCCAAUCUGAACUACCUAUACACAUUUUCGCGAAAUCCCUCCAGAACCCAUCAAAACUUAAAUCACACAAUCCACCAUGGAAAUCUACCAUUGUACUCAACAACAUAAACUUUAAUAUAAACGAGACAUGGAAAAAGAAUGGGAAGCUUCAAAACUGGAUAAACAAAAUUGUUUAGAAGAGCCUAUAGACAAACCUCCUGGAUACAAUCUCCUCAGGAAAGAAUGGAUUAUCCUUAAAAGUUUUUGCACAGAACAUGGUAGAUGUGCUACCUGAUGCACAAAUGGAAUGCUGAUCCAACCCUGAACUGCGAAUGGAGCUAUCCACACCAAACAAUAUCGCAUGUACUAACUGAAUGCCCCAUUAAGAAAAAUCUCAGUAACUGUUUGGAAUAUAUUAAAUAUUGAGUGAAGAGGGAAUGUAUUGGUUUUACAAUGAUGUUUAUUUUAUUUAUUUUUUAUAUUGCAUACAAAAUAUAUACCAAAUAUCUUUAUCUGAUUUUCAAGUGUAGCACGUUUUCUGAAAUUAAAUUUUAUCUAAUUAUUACUUUGGGAGAUCUUUUUUUUAUUUGCCAAGUGGUUUUCAAAUUAUAAUUGAGAAAACCAAGAAAAUGUAUGAUAAUAAUGCUUUUAUCAUAUUCCAUUUUGAUUUUUAUUAUAAUAACUACUAUUUUUAGAAAUUUGAAAUUUUAACAGAAUACUUAAAUUUGUGUUUUCUAGAUGUAAUAAAAUGUUCAAACGAUUUAAGUCAUUUUUGAGCUAUUGAUAGACAUUUAAAUUUUGAUAAUUUUGUAUGUAAUUUGUAUUCUUUUUAUUCUAUUGGUAUUUUGUGAAUAAAAUGUUUAGAUCAAAUAGAAAUGCUUUAGUUAGAAAAUUAGAAAUUUAACAAUAGAUUCUUUUUAAGUUAUAUUUGAAUUAUUACUAGUGAUGUGAUUAACAAGAAAAAUUGAGUUGAAUGUAGUAUUUUUAUUAUUUUUUUUUAAUAUCAAAUUUUGAUGGUAAAUAUUGCAGCUUUUAAAAACAUGUAUUACUGAAUCUUACUAAGAAUUUAUUUUUGUAAGCAAUGAUUAAUUGUUGCAUACAGAUAUACUUUAAAUUCCCCUCUAUAUUCCACCUUCCUAAAUUCUCACCUACAAUAGUGGCCCCCGGAUUGUACAAAGUAUGGUCAUAUUUUUUUUUUUAACUUGCUUUGUCAAUGAAAUAAAUUAUAAUUUCUUUACCUAUUUCACAAUAAAUAGUAUAUUAUUUUAUUAUAAAAACCACACUUUCUUUUUUAAAUUUUUUAAUUAGAAAAGUUAUUCAAAAUAUAACAGUGUACAAUUAUUAUAAUGAGAUGAAUUAUAACUAAGAAGAACUUAGUAUAAUACAGUAGCAAUCCAGGACAGUGAUUCCCCCUCCACUCAUUUCUGCCAUUUGUUCCCAUAUACUCUUAGCCCCUAUAUACUUAAAAGUUUAUUUUGAUCAUAAAUAUGUGCCUUAUAUGCAUUUCUAAAAUUGCCCUCUUUCAACUUUUUAUCUUGGAUACAUAUAUCUGUUUUUAGUGAAAAAGGAUUAAUGUUUGAAAAAAAAAGUGUAUAACAUAUAACGAUUAUGGACUUAACAUUAGUUUUUUGGAAAUAAAUUAAUUUUUUCAGUUUCUGAUUUUUCAUUUUCAUUUAUUUUAAACUAUUAACAACCAAGCCAUCAAUUUGUGUAUACCUUUCUAAUUAUUAUGUUAUUUAUCUUGAAAGUACUCAUACCUAAUUAUUUUAAUUGCAAAUUAUGUGAAAUGGAAAAAAAUAAAAAUGUAGACCUAUGUAUUUAUAUUUAUUAUAACUAGUGUAUUUAUUUUAAUAAUAAUUUACUGACAAAACAUACAUCUACCUAAAAGAAAAGAAUUUAUAUGAAGUAUAAAUCAAUGUAUUAUUUAUUUGUUUAUACUAUAACAAUAUAAGUAAUAUAAAAUGUUAGUAAGAAUAAAAGUAAAAAAACACAUUAAUAAAUAAUUAUUUAUUUAGCCGAAGCCAUAUACAAUAAAAAAAAAAUUAUUUCAAAAUUUGAAUUUUUAGUAUAUAGACAUUGGGGAGGACAUGAAUGUACCAGAUGAUUUCACCCAAGUUGAGAUGAAAACUGGGAUGUGGUGGCGGCAUCUCGUAUCUGGCGGUGUAGCUGGCGCUGUCUCAAGAACUUUUACUGCACCUUUAGACAGGCUUAAAGUUUUUUUACAGGUUAGAUAUUGUUCAUUCAUUUAAUUAAUUUCAAAAUAGUCUGUGACUUCAUCCUAUUUACGGUUGGUACUAUAAGUCUGUAAUCUCAAUCAAAUAAAUUUAUUAAUGUACUUUUAUAAUAUACAGGGUGAUCUAUUUAUUGACCUUGAUAUCUCUUUUUUUUCUACCUUUAUAUUAAUUUAUUGAUAUUCUCUACCUUUUUUUUGAAAAUUUAAGAAACAAGCUGCUCUAAAAUUUAACAUUUACAUAAUUUUUUGGGGAUGAAACUGCCUACUUUAGAUUUUAAAACGGUAAUCAAUAUUAAAAACCCCGUUAACGAGAUAUUCCACUUUUAAGUUUAGGUAGAAGGAAAGGAGUGGAGUAUCAUUUGUGGGGCGGCGGUUUAAUAAUGAUCCACUACUCUCCUAAACUUAGAAAUAGAAUAUCUUUAUAAUGAGUUAACAGAAAGCAAAUAUGUAAACACUAAAAUUAAUUUAAACUAUUAUUUAUUUAUGGAGUUUUUAAUAUAGAUUCUCAUUUGAAAAAUCAAAUUUGGUCGUUGUUUCACCAUUAAAAAAUUAAGGUGACAAGAAUAAUGUUAAUGUUAAAUUUUAGACAACUUGUUUAUUAAAUAUUUUUUAAAAAAAAAAUUGAAAAUAAUAAAUAUUUUACUAGAAAUAGUGUACCCACUUAAAUGGAUCACUCUGUAUAUGAUUUAAAAAUUAUAAAUCAAGUAGUUUUAUAAUUCACAAAUAUUUUAAAUAAUUUUAAUUAAUAUUAUUUAUAUUGUAAAAAUAUUUGUUAUAAAUUUAAAAAAAAAAAAAUGUUUUAAAUUAUAUUGCUUAGUAAUUAUUAAAAUUAACAGCAACAAAUGGUUUAAGCAAUUUUAUAUUUACAUUUCUCAUGAAAUAUAAAGAUAAAUUAAAUUAGCAAUCGACAUAUCUAUGUCUAACAUAGAAACUUAACUUGAAAUAACAUAUUUAACAAUUUUAAUUUUAAACCAUACGUAAUUUAAGUUGAUCUAUAUGUAAACAUAGUAAAUGUUAUCAUCUUUAUUAUUCGAUGUAUGGAUUUUUAUUACAGACUCAUUAAAACAAAUGUACUGUUGGGGGUCUAAGGGCUUGUUUUGUGUUUUAGUGAAUAAUUUAAUUAAUAAUUUUGAAAUUAAUCAAAUAUUUAAAUAUUAACAAAAGUAGACUAUUAUAAUAGUUAUUAACCCUUAAAGAUUAAUCAAAAUUUAAUUUAGGUAUAUGGAAAUCAACAUAGCAAUAUAACUACAUGUUUCAAAAGUAUGUUAAAAGAAGGUGGCAAACGAGGUAUGUGGCGUGGAAAUGGUAUUAAUGUACUCAAGAUAGCUCCAGAGUCUGCGUUUAAAUUCAUGGCUUAUGAACAAGCUAAACGCCUUAUAAGAGGCACGAGAACUAAAGACUUAACAAUAUUUGAAAGGUUUAUGGCAGGAUCACUUGCUGGUGGUUUUAGUCAAUCAUUAAUUUAUCCUUUAGAAGUAUGUUCAUUUUUUAAUAUUUCAAAUGAGACUAUUUUUGAAACAUUGUUAUAAAAAAAUUGUAUAGGUGUUAAAAACCAGAUUAGCUAUUAGAAAGAGUAAUCAAUACAAAGGUAUCUUUGAUUGUAUCCAAAAAAUGUAUUACCGCGAAGGUAUACGCAGUUUUUACAGGGGUUAUGUACCCAACCUUUUGGGUAUACUUCCAUACGCUGGUAUUGACCUUGCAGUAUAUGAGGUAAUUUUAUUUUAACUAUUUAUUUAUAUAUUUUACAUUCUAAUAGUUUAUUUUAUAAUGACAAGUUUACAUUUGAACCAUUAUUUUAUUAAAAAUAUUAAAUAAUAACUGCCAUAUAAUUGUGAUUUUCAAACAUUUUUUUAGUUUUAAUUUGAACUAGAAUAAGUUUUGCUAUGCUUGACUGUUCAUGAUCAUUAUUUACUUUUGAUAAUUUAGUACAAAAAUAAUAAAAAAUAGAAACAAUUUAGGUUUAUAAAUACAAUGAACAAUAUUCCAAUACCUGUUUGCUCAGAAGUAAAAUACUUAGGCCUUAUAUUAGAUAGUAAACUAACUUGGAAUUCCCAAAUUAAAAACAAACGUAAAGCCCUAAACACCCCUCUUCAUUUACUAAGGCCUCUCCUGUGAUCUAAAAUAAACAUAAAUAAUAAAUUAUUAAUUUAUGAGUUCCUACUUAAACCACUAUGGACCUACGGUUUCCAGCUAUGAGGAACCGCAAAACCCUCCACACCAAAAAAAUUCAAGCCUUUCAAUCCAUCUGCCUCCGCCUACGUUCCUCUGCACCCUGGUACAAUACCUGGUAACAAUAAACUUCACAAAGAUCUUAAAGUUCAAACCCUAAAUCAAACUACUAAAAUGAACUAUACUAGAUUCCACAAUAAACUUCAGUCAAGGGGUCAUCAAACCCCUUGAUUAUUAAACUAUCAACAAAAACACAAUAACCCUCAACAAAGGCUAAAAAAAAAUUGGUGCUGGGACCUUUUGUCCUAGAAUAAAAUUAAUAAAAAAAAAAAUCCAUAUUAACCGACAUAAAAUAAUUAAUAUCACGUGCUGGGUGUUACCACUUGGUAAUUCCCCAAAAUCAAAAUAUUCAUUAUUAUUUCUUUCUUUUUUUUUGUAUUCUUUUAGUUCAUCUAAUUAAUGUGCAUAUUGUUGUAUAGAUUGUAGAUUGUCUUUGAAGGUUUAUAAAUAAUUAGUAACUAUACAUUAUAUAAUUAGUAUUCAGUAUUAAUGGUAUAAUUUUGAAAUUAUUAAAUAUUUAUAUAAUUUUUAAAUUUAUAGAGCACGAACUUAUAAGUAUAAAUUUGAAAGAUUAAAUAUUUUAUUUUAACUGUUUUAUAAUCUUUAGACUCUAAAAAACAAUUAUAUUGCAUCACACGACAAUGGUGAUAAACCAGGAAUGCCAUUAUUGUUAGCAUGUGGAACAGUUUCUAGUACAUGUGGCCAGGUGUGUUCAUACCCUUUAGCUCUUGUUCGCACACGUCUUCAAGCACCCUGUAAGCAUCUUACAAUAUUAUUUAUUUUUCAUUACUUAUUAGUUAUUUGUUAUUUGUUUAUCAGAUUUAGAAGGUCCAGAUACAAGGACAAUGGUGUCUGUGUUUAAAGAUAUUUGGUCUAAAGAAGGACCAACUGGUUUAUACAGAGGCAUUACACCAAAUUUUAUGAAAGUAGCACCAGCUGUUAGUAUAAGUUAUGUCGUUUAUGAACGAUGUCGUGAAGCACUCGGGGUUACUAUGUCAUAACAUCAAUUGUUUGAACUUCUUCAUAUUUAUUUAUCUCUUGACAUUCAAUUUUUUAAAACAAAAAAAAAUAUAUUAAAUUUUACAAACAUUUAUUGACGGUGAAAUUUUGGGCAGUCUUGAAGAAAAGUGAUCUGUAACGGUAGAAAUAAUACAUAAUUUUCGUGGUUACCAUAGCCAUAAGAAUAAAAAAAUAUUAAGUUUGAUUAUAAAACUUUGUUAAAAUGCAAAUGUUGAAUGCUUAACACAUUUAAUAUUUAUCAUAAUGCUUAUUUGUCAAAUUCCUCCUGUUAUCGUUACCAAUCAAAUUUAGGCUCAACAUAAUUUAAUGGGUUCUUGUAAUCUUUUCUUAAUUUUUGUCUCUAGAGCACCAAUGCUUUUUCUACCAACAUUCCAGAUGCAACAUAUAUUUCAUAAACUAAGUAGGGUUUGAAUAAAAGCCAGUUAAGGUUUAUUUAUAUUAUUUUCCAAUUUGAGUUUGUUAUCCACAUAAGAUUAAACAUAAUUUUCUCCAAAAAUUAUUGACAAGGUUAUAAAUAUUAAAAUUAUAUUGUUAUUUUUAACCCAAUAUUUAUUAAUGACAAAACUAAUUUUUACUUAUAGGCCCUUCUUAUUAACUGCAAUAAUUUGAUUUGAUUUUUUUUCAAAAAAAAAAAAAAAAAAAUUGUUUAAGUUUGUUCCUAGUCAUGCGUGACACUUGUUUUGUAAAAUAUUGUUGUUUAUAAAACUUUUUUUGUUCUUGUUCAAAAUAAAUGUUUUUCAAUUUUGUAAACAAGAUUUAUCUUAUCUUUUUUUAUAUACAUUAUUUUUGUUUCUCUCGUUAAUAGUAUUACACGAUAUAUUAUAUACUGUAUAACAAUAUAUAUAUUUAUAUAAUUUAAUAAUACAUAUUGCUCAAAUGAAAUUACUAUUUUAUAGAAUAUUCAUUGAGCAACAAUUUAGUAUCCAAAAUUGCAAAAUUAAUUACAUACUUUUAAAAAUAAUAGUACAGUUAAAACAUUUUCUGUUUGGGUACCUUAAAGGUUUAUUAUAUUAGCACUUAUUCUUUAUUUAUUUAUCUUUUAUGAUAUUAAAAAAAUAUUGGAGUAUUUAAAAGAUUGCACUUUUAAUAAAUGUUAAAGGUUAAUUUAUCCUCCUAUCUAGUAUAAUAAUUAAAACAUAUAUGUUAUUCCAUUAUAAUAAUUAUGAAGAAGUUUUUUGAACAAUUAAUUUAUAAGUGUUAUAAAAGUUAUAGUUUAUUUAUUAUCUAUCUAUUUGAUACUAUAUGAAAACAUUAUUUUAAACAAUUUUAUUCAUAUAAAACUAUUAGGAUUUAUUAUUAUAAGUUUAAUAUUAUAUUAAGUACAUCCAUAAUUAUUUAAAACUGAAUUUCCUAAAUAUUUUUAAUUUAUAAAAAAAAAUAGUUCAACACUAUACAUAAUAUGAAUAGAUAAGACUGAAUUAGAUUUAUGAUUAAUGUUUGCUAAAAUAGAAUUUUAAGCACAUCAACAUUAAGCAAAAUGUGUAUUCAAACAUUUGAAAUUGCACAUACUUUUGAAAAAAUAGGUAAAUCAAUUUAUGCACUAAUAACCAUAUAUUUUAGCUUUUAGUUUGUGAACAGUACUUACAUUUAUAAUUAAUAAGGUAUAUAUUUUUGAUUAGUUCUUCAAUUGUAUAUUUAUAUAAUUUCUUCUAAGUUUGGUGCCAUUAAUACAUCAAUAUUUUUCUAAUUUUUCGUCGUUGGUAUAAUUAUAACUGUGAUUUCUUAUAUUGAAUAUUUUUUUUUUCUGUCAAAAUUGUUGUAAUAUUUAAUUAGGUUACUAUUAAAAAUACAAAUUGGAUAUUAGUAAUAAGUAAGCUCUUAGUAUCUUGCUAUAAUUAAAAAAAAAACUAAAUAUUUUGUUUGUUCAUAGAACUUUAAAAUAUUGAUGGAGUAAUAAUUCAUUGAAUCUAAUCAAUAAAUUCUAAAUUUAAUUUUAAUUCAAUUUAUAAGGAUGAUAAAUUUUAUAGAAAACAUGUUAAUAAAAAACAUUUAAUGGUUAAAAAUGAAUUUACUUCUCAAUACAUUACAUUUUCUCAUUCAUACAUAACAAAACAUAAAUUUUUAUCAGGAUAAAAUUUAUCAGACACCAAAGUUAAAAAAUAGAUAAUUUUCAUUAUUACCGAUACUUUGAUUAAAAUGACAUAAAAAAUUAUAAAGAUGUUUCUUCCUGUAAUAACUUGGACGCUGCUUCGUCCAAUAACCAUUGUACACUCCCAUUUACUGGCUGUACACAAUUGGCAGGUAACUGUUCACCGUCUUUAAGAAUACGCUGAAAA